AUGCAAAAUAUCAAAGAUGAUCCUCGAAAAUAUUUGAAUGAUGUUGUCGAUCAACAACUUUUAUAUAAAUUAGUUACAAGAAAUGGUCCUACGAAAAUCAAAUUACCAUGGAUACCAAUGUCAAUGAUUCCAGACAUUCUAUCUGCAUACCACGAUCAUCCACUUAGUGGGCAUUUUGGUGUCAAUCGUACGUAUAAUAAAAAAAAGGAUAAGUUUUAUUGGUUUCAGAUGUUAAAUUCGAUCAAACAACAUAUUCGAUCUUGUGCACAAUGUGCUCAAUUGAAUGUACAACGACGAAAGAAGCAUGGAUUAUUACAAAAGGAGCCACCACCAGAAGAUGUGUUUGAAUUAAUGCAGAUGGAUUUUUGGACAGCACCUAUUCGAUCGUCUGAUGGCAAUCAAUAUGUAUUAAUAAUUACUGAUCGAUUACCUAAAUAUGUCUUUGCUCGGGCAUUAUCAUCAGAAAAUGCCAGAGACGCUGCCGAGAUGCUAUUUGAAGACAUUAUAUUGAAACAUGGUGCAAUUUGA